UCCAUAAAUGAAGUCCAUCGCGAAGAGAGUCAGGCAGUGUUGACGAAAACGCCAGUUGACAAAAAGAUAACAUUUCCUUUUAGUUUCUGACGAUGUAUCUACACCAACCAUAUGUGAUACGACACUUCAUAGUGAAUGCUGAUGACAGAUCUAUCCCAUGAUUCUACCAAGGGUGCUGGGAUGGAAGAAGCUUUGAUUGGGACCGACAGCACUGUCACUAUGGAGUCCGAUUCAAAAUCAGAGUAUUCAUCUGAUGAAAACAAUGAUAGUGAAGAUGAAAACAGUGAUUUAGAAAUAACCUUUGGACCGUGGCCGCCCUUUCCUUCUAAACAGAGUACUGAUGACCAAUUACAAAUGACAGUUGAUGGUGAGGACUCGGGUCAGCCGUCUGAACUUUUUGAGGAAGAACAAGAGUCUAUAGGUAGUGAUUCAUUGGAUGUACAUUCAGAUGUAGAGUCAGUAGAAGACUACACAAAAACUGAUGACAUCAUUGACCAAUACAUACAGACUAAUGAAACGGAAAUAGUGGAUGUUAUUGGCUCUCCUGAGAUUGACAUUAGUAGUGAAGUUGGCGAAUUGAACUUUGAAAACACCAGUAAAGAAACUAGCUUCGAUGAUGCAGAAUUUAUUGAACAUAGUGAAAGUAGAAUUCCAACAGACACAGACAUAGAUAUUCUAACAAAUGAUAUUGUACAUUCUGUAAGCUCUGUCCUCUCGGCCACCAAUGAACAGACAAUGAUCACGGACAGUCUUCCGACAGAAAGUGAUGAUGUCAUCAGCAAGUGUGCUCCUUCUGUUAGUGGAGUGAACCUGUACAUAGGUGACUGUAUUAAUUCUGAUGUCAUUGAUGACAGUGAACAGACCAUUCUUCCAACAGAAUGUGAUGAUGUCAUCAGUAAGUGUGCACCUACCAACAGUGAGGUAUACACAAGUGGCUCGCAUUUAGUUCUGAUGCCAUUGAUACACAGUCUGAAGAAUUACCAACUGUCAUGGUGAAAGAGGAACCAGUGAUGGAUGGUUACCCCGACACAAGUCAAUCAGAGAUGACACAAGAGGACAAUCUCUUUGUCUCCACAGAACAUGGAAAAAUGUUUUUGCGAACAGCGUCAACAGAACCUUCGGGUGACAAUGGAAAGGAAUCGGAGGAGAUAGAGAACGAUGAUUUAAUAGAUAAAUUAUAUUUAGAAGGGCGUGGACUGCAUAAAGACAAAUCUCGAAAAUUUCGAAAGAAAAACAAAAUUCUGGAAGAAGAAACUGAUGGACACCAUCAUGAGCAGAUGCCUGGGAGGAUCAUUGGACAUGAUGAAAGUUCAGGAGAGGAAGCAACAGCUGUAUUGGAGAAGGGAACGGAUGAAUCACCAGAACAGGAUUUGGCUCACUUAUAUAGGGAACAGCAAAGGACCAAGGCAGGGAAAUCCAAGAAAAUGUCAUCAAAACUUGUACACAAUUCUCCAAAAAAGAGAAAAAUUCUGGAGCAGGGAACUGGAAUGUUGGGCAGGAAACGAAGAGUUGUCUCCCCUGCUAGGAGCUCCUCUCCAGUUUCUGGUGAUGACAUGGUACCUGAAGAUGAAGUAUCUUACAACUUAAGAUGCAGACCAGCUGACAAGGAAGUAGGGAGUGCUACAAAUGACCUUCGGCAAGUGGAUCUAUCUCUAGUGAAGACCGAACCCAUAGAUCACAGUGAACUGGAUCAAGGUAGCACUGUAACAGAUGCUGAGUUCAACAAGACAGAUUCUACAUCAUGGAUUAAAAAGGAACCUUUUACUGAAGAUGGAGAAAAUUUGACUGAAAAUGCCAUGGAAACGAAUGUACCAGUUCCUGUAAAACUCAUCCGAAAUGAGGUUGUCAAUUCUGGGACUCCGGAAUCAGGCAUGGAGAAUCGCUUUGAAGAUUUGAAUCAACUGCAUGGAGAUGGUGAAACAAAGUCAGCAAAGAACCCUGCAUCUUUAGUGAUGGGAGGCCGUCAUAUUAAUCUACAGAGUGGCCAGAAAAUAUGGUAUGCUUUACCAAAUGGAGAUAAGUCAGCCCUUCAGAUUGGAGUUGGUGGUGAUCAGAAGAAGAUUGUUAAAGUUAUAAAGCUAAACAAUAUAAAAAAUGGCCCCAACACUGUACCCUUGACUGGUAAUCUGAAGUUAUUACGGCUUAAAAAGGCACCCAAUAUGUCUUCCUGUCAAGGUAAAGAAAUUCCAUUGUCAUCUGUUCUCAACCAUAAAAAUGUGACCCUUGUCAAAAACACUACAGAUAGCACGGGGAAUAAACAGGGAAAUAAAGAUCUGAUGCUGAAGAAAAUUGAUGGUAUAAUUAAGGAAAAUCUAGAACUGAUGAAAAAAAAUCAGCUGCCCGCAAGAAGAAAAGGGUAUAGCUCAUUGGUGGAACAACUACCCAACCAGAAUCAACAGCUUCUUGGUCCUCAAUGGCGGGAAGAAAUAGAUGAAGAAACUGGGAAAACUACCAUGGUUCUUAUGCCCACCCAGGAAAAGAAAGAUAAUAAAAAAGCAAUGAACACAGUCAUAUAUAGAUACGAAGAUAGAUCCAAGUGUUCCGGUGCUAAGAAAUACCAGAAAGUUAUUGGCUCUUCUCAAAAACUUAAUAUUUCAUCAACUCCUGUGAUUAUGUUACGGCAACCAGUUAAAGUCAAACAGAAUCGAGUCGUAAAGAAACCAGCCAUGUGUAACAGUUUUACCCAGACAAAGGAAGACUUGUCAGGUAAGAAAAAACUAGGAACAGGUGGAAAUGCGAUGAUGGUGAAAGAUGCUUCAAUGCAGACGGAAACUUGUCCAGGGAAUGCUGAAGCAAUCGGUAAGGAGACCAGUACGAAAACUCAAGGAAUCGGUUCCGGGGAUACAUCAACAAAUCCAGUUGGAGAGGUAUCGGAUCAUUCAGAGGAAACGGAUCUCCUAAUGGACGUAGAAGACGUAGACUUCAUCAAUCUUGAGAAUAAGUCGGCUCUUGACCCACUUGCUGUGCCCAGGCCUGUGUGGAAGUGGAAUAGUCGAGAGAUGGUUUCCAUUGGUGUUAACACCUAUGAAGGGUCAGUAGAUGAAUCAAACACACCUCUUCACCAUGAAUAUGCUAUAGCACCCUCCAAAGACAAACCAAAGUAUCAAACUUAUGUGACUGGAAGAUCAAAACAAUGUCGGAGUCAAUGGAUGAAAGUUAACAAAAUGCAAAAGUUGAUAAAACGCAAGACCUUGCUUAAAAGUAAAGAAUGGGAAUAUGAAUGUAAGGUUGCUGCGCUAAGGAAGAAGUUAGAUCAAAGGAGAGGGAUGAAUGACGACACUUCUGAGGUUGUGAGAAAAGACUUAUCUAUGGAAAACACUGAUGUGCCUGCCGAUGUAGCUACAUCAGAGCAAAGCAAACAUGAGGGAAAGGAAGCGUCAAACAAUUCAACAGAGAAAGUGGUGCAUGAGAAAGAAGAUGACAAGGAAGAGAACUCUGUUCCUUCCAAGAAUUCUGCUGUCCUACUUGGGACUCGUAGCAGUUCUCGUAUCAAAUGUCGUCAAAAACAAGCUCUCGAAAACGCAGACAUGUCGACAUUCUUUGAGAGGGUUCAGAUGAAGCUUGGUGAUGUAGAGGAAGUAGAAGUUGGAUAUGGCCAUGUUGCUACCUACAUAACAGACUCCAGUGAUGAGGAGUGGGAACAGAUAUUGGACGAGCAUGUUGCCAAUAAGUUACAGCGACUUCGUAAGGAGUUGAGCAAUGUAGACCAAUCCAGCUCGGACUCGGAUUCUAUUCCAACUGAACCAGAUAACGAGGAAGAUGUCACUUAUUCACCAGACAAGGAUACAGAACCUAACAAGUAUAUCAAGGUUGUGGCAAAUCCUCAGUUGUGGAAGGAAGAAUACAGAAAGAUGAAGAAACUGUACCUGGAUGUAAAACUAGAGGAUUAUCCCGCCAUGUGGGAAAGGAAACUAUUCACUUCAAAUUUACGCCAGGUGCGUAAUGUUGCAGUUGAAUCCAAGUCGUAUGAGGAGUACAGAUGUAUGUUGUGUACUGGACAUCAUGCCUUCCAUACGAGUGCAGCCGACCUCAUGGAGAGCCACCUGGAGGAACAUCUCAAUUCUAACUUCCCAUGCAAGGAAUGUACGGCGACUUUCGAUCUGCAAAACCUAUUGACAGAGCAUUGUAUCAAGGAGCAUAGCGUCACAUGUGGGAUCUGUAACCAGGAAUUUUCCUCUCAGGGCUUAUAUAAACGCCAUGUAGGCCGCAUGCACGGCCAGAGAAGUUUUCCAUGCUUCAAAUGUAAUGAAAAGUUUAAAAACAAGUUACAGUUUAAACAGCAUCUCUUAGAUGCACAUCCGGGCUCGGCUCAUAAAUGUGAAAAGUGUGGUGUGAUACUUAGGAGUCACCUCAAUGCCAUGCAGGGGCACCAAAACUCAAAAAACUGUCUGCGACGACAGCAAGGAAAUCUAAAGACACAAUGCGAAAUUUGUGGUAAAUUAGUUUCGGAGAAUGGAAUACGGAAGCACAGGCAAAGGGUGCACCAAAAACUACGAACGUUUAAAUGUGAUGUGUGUUCAUAUGCUGGCAUUACACUCCAGGCCCUAAAGGAUCACAAGAAAACGCACACAGGUGAGCAUCCUGUGAAGUGUACAAUGUGUGACUUUUCCUGCAUCAAACCCUAUCAACUUAAAUGUCACAUGCGCACCCACCUCAAACUUAAACCAUACAAGUGUGACAAGUGUAGCUAUGCUGCCUCGUGGAAUGUCCAGGUGAAGGACCACAUGCGGGCCCACUUCAGUCCCACACGUGUGGAUUGUGUGGAGUGUAAAAUUGCCUACAAAGACCAGCGAGGACUAAACCUCCACCGCCAUAAAGAACACGGUGAGGGACUUAGAGCCAAAAAGGAUAAAACGAAGAAUAUCUCUUCAAAGAAACGCGGACGACCGACUCGUUCCAAGGAAGGUGAGGUGAAAACAAAAAAUAGACAUGGGGCAAGGACUAGGAAAACGGAAGAGCCAUCGUCCGAGGAAGAUGAAUACAUGGACUCGGAUGCAGAACUGCAAAAUGAAUUGUCAGAAGGGGAAGAAAAAGUCAUUCCCCGGAAAUCAACCCGGAGAAGAGCCACGAAACAACCGGAUCCUCAGUAUGAGCAAAGUUCAGAGGAAGACGAGGACGAAUAUGAUAGUGAAGAACAAGAGCAGGCAGAUUCAUAUGUACCAUCAGUGUCAAACUUAAUCCAGUAAAAUGCUAUGGACAUGAAUUAAUAAAUGCAUUUGGAUCAGGGUUCAGUAAAUAGAUACCUCAGAAUUUUAAUCAUAAAGAAGUCCAUUGUUACCUACAGUCAAAUACAAUGUAUAUGAAAAAUGCAUCCAUUUUGCUUCAAAGUCCUCUUACUUUAAACUGCCAAAAUUUGAUCGACCAAAUAAUUUACUCAUUAUAUAUUGAAAAAAAUUAUUUCUCAUGGUUUAAGGAAAAAUUUCCCUUUGUGACUCUUUUUCGAAGAGACUCUGUCUGUGACAUUCAGUAACUUUAUCAAAGCAGUAUCAUUGGACAGUGUGAACUUGUACAGACAUUCAGUAACUUGAUCAAAGCAGUAUCAUUGGACGGUGUGAACUUGUACAGACAUUCCACGUAAUGGGGAUAUUGAGUUCCUGAACUAAUAUUUAAAUAGGGACUCUAUUUCUUUUUCUCAGUUGAUGAUAAUACUCUGAUGUCAAGAAAUUCAGUGAUUUUGUCUUUCAGUUCAUUCAUAUUAUAGCCAACGUAAAAGAGAUUUUAUUGGUAUUCUUGGUCAAUAUUAUACUGACUAUGACAUUUCUGACAGUAUAGGGGCGAGCUUAUUAUAGGGCAACUGUUCAACAAUGAUAGCAAUAGAUAAUGGUAAACUUUUUACAAUAUCCAAAAGUGUUCAAUAUGCUCAUUAUAGGUCAAAAGAUCAAUCAUGACAUGAUAUAUUAUUAUAAUUAUGUCAUAAUUGAUCUUUGAUUAAUUGGUAUGCUAAGUAACUUUGCUAGACUUGGAUGGGUUAGUUGCCAGUAAUUAUCAGUCAAAAGAUCAAUUAUGACAUAAAAAGAUCAAUUAUGACAUGAUAUAAAAUUGCUGUAGAGCCAGAUGAGCGAUACAGGUCCAUUGGGCCUCGUGUUAUAAUUAUGUCAUAAUUGAUCUUUGAUUAAUUAGCAUGCUAAGUAACUUUGCUAGACCAGGAUGGGUUAGUUGUCAGUAAUUAUGGUAACAGACCGGGAGGGGUUAGUUGUCAGUAAUUAUGGUAACAGACCGGGAGGGGUUAGUUGUCAGUAAUUAUGGUAACAGACCGGGAGGGGUUAGUUGUCAGUAAUUAUGGUAACAGACCGGGAGGGGUUAGUUGUCAGUAAUUAUGGUAACAGACCGAGAGGUGGUAGUUGUCAGUAAUUAUGGUAACAAACCAGGAGGGGUUAGUUGUCAGUAAUUAUGGUAACAGACCGAGAUGGGUUAGUUGCCAGUAAUUAUGGUAACAGACCGGGAGGGGUCAGUUGUCUGUAAUUAUGGUAACAGACCGGGAGGGGUUAGUUGUCAGUAAUUAUGGUAACAGACCAGGAGGGGUUAGUUGUCAGUAAUUAUGGUAACAGACCCGGAGGGGUUAGUUGUCAGUAAUUAUGGUAACAGACCGAGAUGAGUUAGUUGUCAGUCAUUAUGGUAACAGACCGGGAUGGGUUAGUUGUCAGUAAUUAUGGUAACAGACCGAGAUGAGUUAGUUGUCAGUAAUUAUGGUAACAGACCGAGAUGGGUUAGUUGUCAGUCAUUACAGUAACAGACCGAGAUGGGUUAGUUGUCAGUCAUUACAGUAACAGACCGAGAUGGGUUAAUUGCCAGUAAUUAUGGUAACAGACCAGGAGGGGUUAGUUGUCAGUAAUUAUGGUAACAGACCGGGAGGGGUUAGUUGUCAGUCAUUAUGGUAACAGACCGGGAGGGGUUAGUUGUCAGUAAUUAUUGUAACUUGCAUAACAGUAAUACUGAUCUUUUUGCUUCUGAAGAUAACAUCAGAUAAUUUAUGAUCAACAAUUGAUUUAAAGCUUUACUGUUAAACAAUCUACCGGGUAAUUAAGAUAUAGAUCCUCAUUCUCACUCCAUUACAUGAACAUCUAACAACAUCCCAUAUGGGACUAUGUCAGAAUGACCUUUUGGAUUAACCAAUCAAAUCACCACUUCCAGAAUCUUGGAAGUUAAUUUUAUAUGUGCAAACUAGCAUAACUACAGUGCAUAGCUUGCAUGAUCUGUUUUUAGUCAUUUUGUCCGACAAAGCAUAAAGCUAGAUACUUGCUGUGCUGAAAUGGUUUGCUUCAGAUGCAUGCUGUGACAUCGAAAAAUUUACUAUUUGCCCUCAAAUUGAAUAACAAAUUACAAAUAACAAAGGUCACCAGAAUGUCAUGUUGUUAGAUGUUCAUGUAUCAGAGUGAGAGUGAGGAUCUAUAUUUUAAUUAGAUUCACUGCCAAAUGUCUGUGUGAGUUUGUAAUGUUAAUCAGCCAUAUGUAACUGAUGUCUUUGUGUAGCCCGGAGUUUCCUCCCACCCAACACUAGACAUUAAAGACAUUUUGAUGAACAGAUAUCUGAUACCAGACAUUUGUCACUCAAAUAUCUAUUGUCUGUUGUUGGGGUCAGAGGAAAUUCAGACUAAUCUUCUUGCUUAUGUAAUGUUGAAAAAUGGGUUAUGAAAUAUUAAAAUAUUAAAAAUUAA